AUGUUCAACCUCACAAAGACUCUCGUCGCAACCCUGGCCCUCGCCGGCCUCGGAGCCAGCACACCCGUCUCCCUCGACAAGCGCCAGCCCGGCCGCGUCGUCAAAGCCGGCGAGCCCGUUGUCAUCGACCCGAACGGCCAGUACAUCCGCGUCAGCCACAUGAACGACGGGACUCUAAUCGGAGGCUACGCUGCGAAGGAGGGCGACACCAAGAUCAUGCGUGUCAUCCACUCCUCCGACGGCGCGAAGUCGUGGGAGCAUAUCGGCGAGGUCUUCCGCGGGCCCGUCGCCAAGCACGACAUGGACAACGCGUUCCCGAUCCAGCUGCCCGGCGGCCGCCUUCUCUACGCCUACCGCAACCACGACCGCACUGGCGCCGACCUGCACUACACCUACUUCCGCAUCUCCGUGUCCUACUCGGACGACAACGGCAGGAACUGGAAGUAUCUCUCCACAGUUGAGGAGCAUGUUCCCAAGGGCGUCAACGGGUUGUGGGAGCCCUUCCUCCGUUUUGCCAGGGACGGCACUCUGCAGUGCUACUAUUCUGCCGAGAACGCUGCCAACGACCAGGAUAACUUCAUGAAGCACUCCAAUGACGGUGGUAAGACUUGGUCUAACUGGGUCCCCGUUUCCGGUGGUGACCGAGUCUCCCGCGACGGCAUGGUCGGCGUUGCGCCCAUCGAUGACAACGGUAACUUGAUUGCUGUAUUUGAACACACAACCAGCGGAAUCUUCAACGUCGACUACGUCAUCUCCCACGACGAUGGCUACACCUGGGGAGAGCGCGGAAGCCUCUACACCGCCGCCAACGGCAAGCUCUCCGGUGCACCUCAAGUCUACAACGUCGGCGGCACGCUUGUGGCGAGUUUCAUGACCAACGAGGACUAUGACAAGGGUAACAACAACGGGUACAACUUUGGCCAAAUGAAGGUCGUGACCAGCACAAAUGGUGGCAAGUCAUGGAGCGGCAGUGUCGUCACGGGCGAGGCCGAAGCCCACUGGCCCGGCAUUUUCAACCUCGACUCGACUCACUUCUUGGCUCUGUACGCCAGAGAGGGUGUUGGCGCCGUGAGCCAGCUUUACGAGUUGGUGAACUAG